AUGCUCGCUCGCGGAUGCGUUCUGAGGUGGCAUGCGGUCUCUGCGCGACGCGUGCUCGGCCUUCACGAUGGGCAGUCGUACACGCCGGCUGAUAUCAAGAAGGCGUUUCGCGAACGAGCUCUGACCGCCCACCCCGACGCUGGCGGCGACGCCGACGGCUUUCGACAGCUUCAGAGAGCUUAUGAGGUGCUACUGCACGAGCACAGCGUGGGAAAGAAGGGCAGCGAGGCAGCAGCCGCCAGCGACGACAGUGAAGGCGGCAGCGGCUUCUACGCCCACCCGCAUGCAGAGUGGUGCAAUGACAUGCGCUCGCAACGCGCCUACUGGCGCGACAUGUAUACCGAAAUGAACAUGAACCCAAACAGCUGUGGAAGCCACCGGCACGCGUCCAACACGCAUUACCAGGCACGCCAACAUUACCGCACCUACGGCGAAGGACUAGGAGAGGAUUUCCAGAAAGAAUUCAAGUCAUCGUCGUUCGCCGGCGGCGGGCAGCGGGGCAGCCAGAUGAACUUCUCCACCUGGUACUUCUACCGUCCAUACUACUCGAACUACCGAAACCCCUUCGGCACAGGGUUCACUCCCGAGGAAAUUCGCCGAGCAGAGCAGGAGCAGCGCCGCGGCUUCGCGCGUGCAGUGGCGCGGCACGCCUGCCUGUGGUCCGGCCUGGCUUUCGUGGUCUACCUGCACGAGCGCAACAAUCGCGUUUGGCGCGCGGUGGAGGCCCGUGACAAGGGCUAUAAAGAUCCGGAGUACUGGGAACAGCUGCGGAAAGAUGAAGAGGAGGCACGUCGAAGGAGCCGGGCACCGCUGCGGCUAGAGCAACACUGGCUAGACGCCCCGCUGAUGAGGUCUUUGAUGGAUCUCACCGAGGGUGGUCACAGCGGCGGCUGCGGCAAAAAUGGCCAAGAUGCAGAGGACAACAUUUCUGGUGCUGCCAGAGCGGGCACGGCGUGGGCGACCCAGCAAGCCAGGAUGGCGCAGGAGCGACGGAGGCAAGCCAUGAGUUCGACGCGUGGGAUGCGACGGGGUGCGAGCGGAGACGUGGGCGGGCCUCGUGUGGUGAGCUACCAAGGGCGGCCCUUUACUCCAAAUGGAGUGCGAGGCAUGCGCAACACGGCACCCAAGACACCGAAAACGUACGCUGACGACGUUACAUACGAGAUGGACGACGACGACGACGUCUAG